ACGAUUUCCACUCAUUGAAAUUGACCCUUACGUCGUCAUCUUGCACGCUUUCGUUCUUGGUUCAAAGCAGAACAGGCAAUCAAAAAUAUUAGUGAAGAAACGGACCAGAUGAUGGAGGAUGCUGCUGCUCUUAAUCUACCCAAUCCAAUUCGCUGCAUCGUUAAGCUUGGAGGUGCAGCAAUUACUUGCAAGAAUGAGCUAGAGAAGGUAAAUGAACACAAUCUUGAGACUGUGUCCUCUCACCUAAGGCAAGCUUUUAUUACUGGGUCCGGAUCACAAAAGGUUCUUGGGAUGGAUUGGAGCAGGGCUCCUGGAAAAUCGGAAAUUUCCUGCGAUGUGAAUGAUUUUGAACAACAAACUUCGUUUGAUUCCAGCAGUUUUGUUGUUGUUCAUGGAGCAGGCUCUUUUGGGCACUUUCAGGCUAGCAAAUCAGGAGUUCAUAAGGGAGGAUUGAGCCAGCCACUUGUCAAGGCUGGUUUUGUUGCCACACGUAUUUCUGUUACAACUCUCAAUCUUGAAAUUGUUCGAGCACUAGCUAGAGAGGGGAUUCCUUCCAUUGGAAUGUCUCCAUUUUCAUGUGGAUGGUCAACCUCACAAAGAAAUAUAACAUCAGCUAAUUUGUCAAUGGUAGCGAAGGCGAUCAACUCUGGAUUUAUACCUGUUCUACAUGGGGAUGCUGUCCUUGAUGAAUUACUGGGGUGCACCAUACUGAGUGGUGAUGUUAUUAUACGCCAUCUUGCAACAUACUUGAAACCAGAAUAUGUUGUUUUCCUUACAGAUGUUCCGGGUGUUUAUGACCGUCCGCCUACAGAUCCUGAUGCAGUACUAUUGAGGGAGAUCGCUGUGAAUGAGGAUGGAAGCUGGUCUGUUGUGGACCCGAGACUUCAAAAUACAAACAAGACAGUUGAAAUAACCGUAGCAGCUCAUGAUACAACUGGAGGAAUGGAGACCAAGAUAUCAGAAGCUGCAAUGAUUGCAAAACUCGGGAUUGAUGUCUACAUAGUGGAGGCUGCGACAAGUCACUCGCUCAGAGCGUUAAGAGGAGAAGUGCAAGGCGCCAUUCCUGACGAUUGGCGUGGGACUGUCAUUAGAUUUGCCGACAAAGGAAUUGGCAGUACGUAAAACCAACAUAUACAUCAUUCACUGAGCUCUGAGGCAUCUGCAAUGCGCAAUUAUUGAUUCUGUUUAGGAGUGAGUUGUGUGGUUGUGGUUUGACAGAAAAGACAUUUACAAAUGUGCUUCCCCUACAAAUACAAACCCCCAAAGUUUUGUAGAUUCAGGCUUGAAGAUAUUUAUACUGCCAAAAUGGUUAUAUGAAAGAUUUAAAAUGUUGAAAAGAAAUAGAAAAAUCAUUCUUUAUCAUCCUUA